UCGCCUGGCAAGCAUGUCGAGAACGAGAGCAUCGGCUUAGAAAUUGAGAGGCCAAGAUCGGCACUGCAUCGCGGAGACUUCCACGAUAAAGAGGACUCAACAUCUGCGUUUCAGCACUUCGGUGAUGGACAGCACAACGACCAUGCAGUGCCGUCACUAUCAACAUCGCCUGUAGCGCCUUGGCAUCCUAGCUUUCCAACUGCCGUCUUCCGACAAGCGUGGCAAGAGCGAUCGAGACUACCCUCUCCGCCUGGUGUAAGUCACGCACGGCCGGCACGUUCGCGGGCGACCUCCGCAGCCUCCCCUGCCAACGGCUUCGUGUACAAGCCUCCAACGAGUCCGCUUGUGCAGUCUUCGCGUCCAGACACACCCGAGCCAGCGCCUAGACGUAGCUCGCGAAGUCCGGACAAGUCACGUAGGCAUACCUUCUCGCCCACCUCAAUGCAAGACUUCUACUCAGCGCUUGAAUAUCCAGCUUCGGCACGGCACCAUGCAUCUCGGCAGCCACCUAGACUACGCGCAGAGCACACGUUCCACUACCAAGCUCAUCAACCAAGAAGAUCAAUUAACUCGCUUCACAGUCUGCCGCACACGCCAGCACCAGGCUCACGAAGGCCAUCAUUUGCAGAAUCAGCUCUUCACCAUGCGCCCAUGGUAGGAUCAUAUGAAGAGUCUAUACUACGCGGACGCAUGUCUACUGUUCCGUCCAAGCCACUCAAUUUUGUGGCGCAGAUUGGCGUGCUAGGCAAGGGCAACUGCAAGGCCAACCUGCGGUGUCCACCACAUGUCACCGUGCCGUUCCCAGCAGUCUUUUACAGCUAUGGCUGCGCAGCGAAAGUCACCGAUCAACCCAGUCCGUACGUGGGUCUAGUGGACCUCGAGAACAACUUGCCCAGCACAGAACCUUCCCCUGAGAAGCGGAGGCAGAAGCUUUAUCGGGCAUUGAGUGACGACGGCAGCCGAGCCGACUCACGCACGCGCGAAGACGGCUCGGCUUCGGAUGCGCACGCAAAGCGAAGGCGCAAGGCGAAGGACAAGCGCCGUUCAGGUUCGCCGAGGGCGCCACCUGGCGGAAGCUACCGCAUACCGCAGCAGGGACAGCUGCAAAUUAUUAUCAAGAAUCCGAACAAAACGGCUGUGAAGCUCUUCCUGGUGCCAUAUGACCUGUCCGACAUGGAACCAGGGCAGAAGACUUUCAUCCGUCAGCGCAGUUACUCCGCCGGGCCCAUCAUUGACAUGCCGCUGUCAUCCCGUAAGAACCUUGGCACGGACCGACCUGAAGCGGCCAUAAGCACAAGCGACGACCCAAAUGACCGACCGAUGCUGCGAUAUCUAGUGCAUUUGCACAUCUGCUGCCCGUCGAAGGGACGUUACUUCCUCUACAAAGCGGUACGCGUGGUCUUCGCGAACCGUGUCCCAGACGGGAAGGAGAAGUUGCGAAACGAGAUUCAACUGCCCGAACCUAGGUAUAGCACGUACAAGCCGGGCAGAGACUCCAAC